CUGAUUGCUUGCUUUUCUGAAGAGGAAAAAAGGUAAUGGUGAACCUCUCCAGAUGUUAACUUUUAGGUGUUACCUUUAUUCCAGCUUGGAGGUCCUCUUAGCAACUGGAAUGAACAGAUCAUAUCUGUGCAUACACUUUGGAAUAUUGCUGCUGCUUAUGCUACUGAUCUUCAUUUUUAAGUUUCCAGACAUCUCUGAAAUAUUAAUGGAAGAGAUUCAGGAUGUGGCUGGAUAAUUCUCAUUUACUUCAUUUCAUGUUUGGCAAAGGCAAAUUACACAAGAUUUGGAUCUCUUCGGAAAAAUGUGCUUCAUCAGCUAAAUAUGAAAUUCUUUGAAAGAUUUUCCAGUUCUGUCCUACAAAAUGGUCCUAUCAACUUCAUGAAUGCCUCCAGAGUUACAGAAUUCACCUUCUUGGGUCUUUCCAAAUCUGGACCAACACAGUUUCUUCUAUCUGUCCUGGUCACCAUGUGCUAUACUGGUAUUCUGUUGGGAAACCUCCUCAUUGUAUCGAUGGUGUAUAUAGAUUCACACCUUCUAAGGUCACCCAUGUAUUUUUUCUUAGCUAAUUUGUCCAUCCUUGAUACUGCUUUGAGUUCAGUGGUUGUUCCCAAGCUGGCAACAGACUUGAUCACCCAAAGCAGGACUAUCUCAUUUAGAGGCUGUAUGUCCCAGAUCUUUUUCUUACACUUCUUUGGAGGUUCAGAGAUGCUCCUCCUAACUCUCAUGGCGUAUGAUCGCUAUGUGGCCAUUUGCCAUCCACUGACAUACACAACCAUGAUGAACCGGCCACGCUGCAUUAGACUGAUGUGCUUCUGUUGGUUUGGAGGCCUCCUCCACUCUUCUAGCCAGUUGUUCCUGAUCUUACGGCUGCCAUUCUGUGGGCCAAAUGAAGUGGACAAUUUCUUUUGUGAUGUUCCACAGGUAGUCAAACUAGCUUGCGUUGACACCCGUGUCACUGAGAUACUCAUGGUGGCCAAUAGCGGCCUGCUCUCCCUGGUUUGUUUCAUCAUCUUGCUGAUCUCCUAUGGCAUCAUCCUGAGCACCUUUCAAGGUCGCUUCAAGGAGAGUGGAAGGAAGGCUCUGUACACCUGCAGCUCUCACCUGACAGUGGUCAGCCUUUUCUUCCUACCUUGCCUCUUUGUGUACCUUGUCCCCAUCUUCAGCGCCAGUCUGGACAAGGUGUCUUCCGUAUUUUAUACCACAAUAACACCUUUCCUUAAUCCUAUGAUAUAUUCUCUAAGAAAUCAGGAAAUGAAAGAGGCAAUGAGACGGGCGAAGAACAAAUGCAUUUUUCCCCAUUGGUCUUAGAAGAAUUGGAAACUAUGAGUAGAUGCCUCAAAAAUCUUUGUGAUUUUAGAGAUCAGCUUUUUUGGAAUAAUUCUUGUUACUACUAAAGGAGUAAUUGCAGAUCUGUUCAACAUACAAGUCCAAGUCACCAUGUAUGGUCAUUCAAGUCCCCCAAAUAGAAGAGGGUGAUCUUUUUCAGAGCCAAUGUAUGUUUGUUUGUUUAGAAAAUUUACAUCGCUACUCAUGUUACAUAUGAAAAACAGGGAGCUAAUGAUGAGGUCAAUUCAAUAAAACCUCUCCUGAUCAAUCAAAAACAGUAAAAAAAUUAGCAUAAUAUAAUAAUCAAGGCAUUGUAUACCAAACUCAACAACAAACAGCACACAUACAUAUAUUCUGCAAGUAAAUAGCUAUUUGGAAGAUCAGGUUUGCAGGUCAAUGUGCACCCAAGGCUGAAGUCAAAUGUUUUCUCAUCAGUCUCUCUCCCAACAAACUAACCCAAAUGGAAGAAUUUGAUUCCAAUGUUUUGGGUCCACCAAUUUUGGGGUCAUCUCAAUAUCACUGGUCAUAAGCUUUGGUCAGUAGAGGAGAAUGUAAACUGAAGCAUCGUGCUCUUCCUUUUCUUUAUGGGACAGAUUUCCAAAAACUAAAUCUCAGAAAUGCAAAGUCAUAAGUAUUUUCUGCAUUAUCCUUACAUGUUUAUCCAGAAUGUUUUCACAUAUUUGCAGGACCACUACAUAUGAUAGCAUUUACCUGGAUUUUGAUUACAUUUCCAACACUUGUUAGAGGUCCCUCUAUAUAUUUAGCUAAUCUAUCUGGAGUCACAUAUCAAUGAAACGUCAUUUUAUUUAAAAAAAUUCUUCAAAACUAUAAUUCAAAGUAAAUUUUAAUCCAUUUGUCCAUACAUUCUCCUAUUUGUCUAGUGCUAUAUUAUGCCCCCCCCCAAUUGCUUAUUUUACCAUACAGUCUUUUACAUAUUCAUCUUCCAGGUUCAUCUUAAGUAACAUUUUAUAUACUAUAGCAAUCAAUUGGUCAUCUCCAGAACAUGAAUGGACAUCCAAUUCAGUUUUAACUCCUGUUUAACUUUCUUGUUAAAUAAGGAUGAGAAAGUUUAUAACUAUUUGCAGACCUAUUAUGUAAAGGGAGGAGAAUUUCUCAUGGGUUUUUUUUUCAGCAUCCAGCCAGGGUGGAAUUUUUUUUUUAUGUUUAUUGUUGGCUGUUUGGGACAUUUUUUCCCUUUUUCCCUUUGUUGUUGUUACUGUUGUAUGUA